UAACCAGCCCUGCUGUCAGAGAGGUUGGUAACCAUGGCAACCAAGUAAAACUGACUGUGCUGAUAGGAGAAGAAAGAAACUGGGACUGUCCUCUGUUUGAAAAAAAACAAAAACACAGUGAUCUUUCAGCAGAUAUAACAAUAUUUUAAAAUGACCUAGCUUGACUGCGUAAACCUGGAAUCUCCCAAUAUGCAGCUGAAGAAGAGUCCAUCUGAGCCAAGGGAAGAAACCUCACAGCAAGAACUGUGUGAUACAUCAAAACCUACUUCAGAGCCGAUGGGAAUCAAAAAACAUGAAAGACAAAGCAAUACAAAGGAUGCUAUAGAAGGAACAAAGCCAUCUGCAAACAAUGACAAACACGAGUAUCCAGAAGAUAAUCGUCCACAGGAAAAAAGCCAUGAGGAGUCAACAAGCCAUACUGUGAAGACCUCUAGGUCCUCAAGGAAAGCACCAUCCACAGCAAAAAAGAGAAAGAGACCCCAGCUUGGCUCAAACUCACAGAUUUUACCAGCUGGACUGAAGACGCCUGAAGCAGAACAGUCAACGAAAAUGGGAUCAUCGACAGCUCAACAGAAGCUUCUUCCUCAGCCAUCACAUCUUAUGGAGAAGAAGAUGGAAGAGCCACGGGGUCCAGGACCUUUCUUUUACUUUGGUGGUGGUAAUGGAGCACAAUUGGUAAGUUCUUAUUGUCUGAACAAAGGAUGGCAACGAAUCUAUGACAACAAAAGGGAUGACUACAAGCUGAAGUGGUGUGAGAUCAAGAGUUCUGCUACAUACUAUGCCUUCCGAGAAGGUGAACAACUGCUAUACCAGAUACCCAACAAUAAAGUGCUCACCACCAAGAUUGGGCUGGUAAACAGCCUGAGAGAAUAUGAAAGGGUCAUGCAGAAAAUCAACAAAGCCAGGGUGCUGAAAAUGGCAGAUUUUUUCCCAGAUACUGUCCGCUUAGAUAUGAGGGAUGAAGCAGAAGUAUUCUUUUCUACGUAUGAAGAUGGACAAACAUGGAUCUGCAAACCCACUGGCUUGAAUCAGGGACGAGGUAUCUAUUUGUUGAUAAACCAAGAACAGAUCCUUGCCCUCCGAUGCCAAAUGCUUAGUAUAACGGAAGAUUUAAAAAAACCUCCAUCAAAAGGUCCACAGGCCCGAAUAGUGCAAAGGUAUAUACCAAACCCUCUGCUUCUGGAAGGGAAGAAGUUUGAUAUUCGCUCCUAUCUACUCAUUGCUUCUACUGUACCCUACUUUGUAUUCUUCCGCCAUGGUUAUGUACGUCUCACCUGCAAUCCUUAUGAUCCAAAGUCUGAUGAUCUCACAGGUCACCUAACGAACCAGUACAUGCAGAAAAAGAACCCCCUGUACAAUGAGCUUAAAGAAGAGACAGUGUGGUCAAUGGAAAGAUUCAAUGGAUAUGUCAAUGAGAAGUUUGCAGAAAGCAAGGGUCUACCUCAAGACUGGGUGCUAAGUACCUUUACGAAAAGGAUGCAGCAGAUAAUGAUCCACUGUUUCCUGAGCGUGAAAUCAAAGCUGGAGUGCCGCCGGGGAUUCUUUGACCUUAUUGGCUGUGACUUCCUGAUCGAUGAUGAUUUUAAGGUGUGGUUACUGGAAAUGAAUUGUAAUCCUGCCUUGCACACUAACUGUGAAGUAUUGAAAGAGGUCAUCCCCAGUGUGGUCAAUGAGACUCUUGACUUGGCUCUUGAAGUCUUCCACAAAAGCAUAAAAGGCCAUCACAUUUUGCCACUGAAUACUCAGAGUAAGUACAUACUAUUGUACAAUGGAGAGACAAAUGAACAGACCAUAAAAUUCAACUGGCCUAGGAGCAGCAGUCCUGUAAAGACACAGAGGGCCGUGGCACCAGAAAGUCUUAAUGGACCAGUGAAACAACAAGAAAAGCCUCAUAAACUAUUAAAACCCUCCACAGACAACAGUAACCAUACGGUAGCUAAACACUCCAUCUCAAGGUCUCCACAGAGAGCAACCUUGGCAAUGACCCCUGUUUACAUGACAGGACUUUAUGAUAACUUCACUUUCAAUUCAAGAAGAAAUAAAAAAAAAAUUGAGUUUGGAUCUAGAAAUUUUGAUGGCCCUCAAAAUAACUGUAUAACAGAAGGGAGCCAAAUAAGAGAUAAAGCGGAACAACCAACCCCUAUAGCCAAGAUGUCCUUCUCAGGUCCACAAAAAUUUCGAAUUGUUGGCAGAAAAACUCCCCAGUAUAUGAAAAGGAGCACAACUGAAGUGAUCGUAACCACCAGCACAGUGAUAGCCCAAGGGCCAAAACCUCAACGUUCCAGCAAAGGUUCUCGUCCAGAGCCUAAAGAUACCAAGGGGCUCUGCUGCCUAGAAAAUACUCAUGGAAAUGACCAGCAACCUGCAUAAUCCUCUAAGGACUAAAUUUUAGAAAAUGCAAUAAAAUCAGUUCAUGAAUUGGGCAGAUUUCCUAGAACAAUGUUUAAUUUGCUCCUGGUGCUCACAUUUUCAUCAUCUGAAAAUAUUAUCUUUCAGUAUUCUGUGAUGCUUUUAGUCAUUUACAUUUAUUCUGUUAAAAUGUUCUUUUGCUUUAAAGGGCAAUUUAUUAUUUUGUGGCAUGAUUUUGAAGUGUUAAAAGUGCCUCAUGGGAUUCCCAAAAAAUGGCCAGAAACAGCCCAACUCUUGCCCGUGGGUUCUGUUGUGCCUAAUAUUGCAUCUCAGCUUUACUCUACUAAUUAAAGUUCAGCUGCAUUUCCAGGCAUAGCCUAUAGUGGCACUGUUUCUGAAGAAAGACCCUUGUUUCCAAUCCCAUACAACCCUUUCAAUUUUGUGCUGCUCUGUGUUCUAUGUGGUGCUUUGGGCAAACGGGUAAUCUCUGUUCGACCAAUAUAUAUAUAUAUAUAUAUAUUUUAUGUUCAAAAGUAUAUUUUAUUCACUCAUAAAUUAAACACUGACA